GAUCCUCUACCUUCCUUCCGUCGGUGCCUGGGAGAUCAUCUCUGAACCCAGCCAUGAAUUCCCUGGUAGCUCUCGUACUCCUGGGUCAGAUUAUAGGAUGCACGUUUAGUCAUCACUUGUUGCCGCAAUUAGAUUGCAACAGCGAAGAAGCUGAAAGAUUAGCAAAAUUGGCAGUGGACUACAUCAAUGAGCAUAGUCUACAUGGAUACAUACAAGCUCUCAAUAUAAUCAAGGAUGCUCAUGUCGUACCCCGGAGACCCCGUGGGAAUAUAAUAUUCCUUGAGCUAAGUCUUCUGGAGACAGUCUGUCACGUGUUGGAUCCAUCCCCUCUCGAGAAAUGUACUGUAAGACCCCAAAAAUACCAUGCUGUUGAAGGAGAUUGUGAUGUCAAGAUUCUCAGUGAUGAGGGCGUCGAGAAAGUGGUUGCUGUGAAAUGCCACUCAGAACCAGAUUCUGUUGAAGAUGUGAGACGAAACUGUCCAAUCUGUCCAAUUCUGUUGCCUCGGAAUGACCCUCAUGUGGUAGAAUGUGUUGAAUACGUGCUCCAUAAACACAAUGAACAACUGCCCGAACACGCUUAUGAAGUCCUUGAGAUUUCAAGAGGGCAGCACAAAUUGGAGCCUGAAGCUUACUAUGUGGAGUUUGCUAUUGUGGAGACCAACUGCUCUGCUAAGGAAGCUCACGACAACCAUCAUGAUUGCCACCCCAAAGCAGCAGGAGAAGGACAUCUUGGAUUCUGCAGAGCGACUGUGUUUAGAUCGCAAGCUGCCACUGAAAAACCUAAAGAUGAAAAGUAUGAGUCAGACUGUAUCAUCUUUGAUGUCAAGGUGGGAAUUCCUCAUGCCCAUUUGAUCGAGCAUCACUAUGCAAAAAAUAUUGUUUCCCCAGGACACAACAAUACUGUCCUGGACCUCGUCCAUUCGCACAACCAUACCAGCGCCUCACACGAGACUCAUUCUCACGAACACGCAGCGACAGUCGCCGCUCCUGUGGUCAAAAGGGAAGCUCCAACAGAGGCAUCACAUGAUCACACACACGCUACAAACCUUUGUCCCGGAAAAGUACAUCACUUCAAGAUUUAGGCCAGCUGUGACACAGAGCAGAGAGAAGCCGCCCAGUUAAAUGCAAAACCCCUUUUUCCAAAUCGGAACUCAAACCCUGAAUCCAAAAAAAAGGGGGUUUUACCCUGAUACGUUACCGUCCUGGCCAAGUGUUGUGAUCACCCGUUGUUGUUAUGAGAAAGAGGCUUUGCAUUCGUGCCUUUCUGCUUUUAGAAAUGCAGGUGCUCACUGCAAACUUAACAUCUUCCAGUCUCUCGCUCUUCAGCCAAGGAGCUAAAAGAAAGUUGAACAGAAGUUAUAUUAGCCCCAAAGUCAAAAUUCUUCUUUCUUUUUUUUUAAAGAGAAAAUGCAUAACAUUUGACAAUAUCUGCUCAUUACCUCUAUUCCUUAUGAGAUUUUUCCCCCCCUCUGAAUGUUUCACCAUGCUACAUUAUUUUACAGGGGCAAUGUUGAACAAAGUCCAAUAUAUUGACAGCAAAAAGCACGGGGUACUUCCUAAAUAAAAUGUUCAAUUCUAAAA